CUUUUCCGACUUGUCGAUGGGAGGCGGCUCGAGCAGACCUCCGCAGCUGGACAAUUUGCUGAGGUUGGAUGGAUAUCUGUGGAAUUAUCAGAAUGAAAUUUGCCGCCGAUAUGGUGUUUUCCUCGAUUAUUCGGCAAAAAUUGAAGAGUGUGGCGGUUGGGAAACAUUUACAACAGCAUAUCGUGAGUACGGGAUCGUGGUGAUGAAGGAUAACUCGGUGCGCUGUUUGGAGUGGGCGCCUGGUGCCGAUGCACUUUCGCUUGUCGGAGAUUUCAACAACUGGAACACGGAAUCGCAUCCGUACAGAAAGCAAGAAUACGGCAAAUGGGAGCUGAUUAUUCCAGCUGAUAAAAAUGGCCAGUGCCCUAUACAGCAUGGAUCGAUCAUAAAGAUUGCUGUGAAGAAGAAUGGCGUCUACAGGCACAAGCUUUCGCCGUGGGCCCGUUAUGUUACACGGCCAAAAGAAACCACACUUUACCAUAUGCCGUUCUACAAUCCUCCAGAAUCAGAACGAUAUCACUUGAAGUGCCCUAAACCAGCAAAGCCAGAUUCGAUGCGAAUUUAUGAGGCACAUGUUGGUAUUUCCAGUUGGGAGGGCAAAGUAAAUAGCUACAGAAAUUUCGCCGAUGAUGUUAUUCCACGUAUAAAACAUCAAGGCUACAAUGCGAUCCAGCUAAUGGCAGUUAUGGAGCAUGUUUACUAUGCAAGUUUUGGCUAUCAAGUUACCAGUUUCUUCGCACCAGCUAGGCUCGCAAAAUACGUUAUCAUAUAAAG